AUGAGUCUUGGCAAACGCGUUAAGAUGCUGCCAAACCUAGUGUUGCUCGCUGGCUGGGCUUUUUCUACCGUUGCGGCCAGACUCGUCUUUACCAACAGCAACUGGGAUGUCGAGCAGGGGACGCCCUUCACGCUCCACUACGAAGGCUGUGAUGAUGGCUGCACCAUCGCCCUUAUGACAGGCGCUUCUGAUAAUCUGAGAGUCGAAAAAGUAAUAACAAAUGGGGACUCGAGCUCCUCUGCGUCGGAAACGGCCGCUUCCUCCGAAACCCCGGCCGAGUCGACAACCACGUCAGAAACGUCAACGUCAACGUCGGUAUCAACUGCAUCUAGUUCAAGUAUCCCUGGCUCCGCAUCUUCAGCUGACUCUAAAGAUACUGUGACGUCUACAUCAUCUGGAACAUCUUCAACCCUAUCAACGGCAGCACAAGCCACCACAACAGCACCCAGCCCUCCCAAGCAUGGACUAAGUGCGGGUGCGAUUGCUGGAAUUGUAGUUGGAGUAGUAGCUGUCAUCCUCAUCGUCCUUGGAGCUUUGUUCUUCUGGAUGAGGAGGAGAAAGCAGAAGGCAGCCAAAGGAUCAACGUCAAACACUGACCCACGCGAUUCACAGCCUCAUAUUGCUGAGUUGGAGCAGCCAAAGCAGAUCGAUAUCGUCGUCACUCCAGCCACACCGGCUGAGAUGCGCGGGUCUACGCCGCCACCUCCGGCUACGGAGCUUGCGGGCCAGGGAAGAUUACCAGAGUUGCCAAUCACGGAGAAAGCCACCGAGAAGGAGCUAGAAGGAGACGUGGCUGCUAUUGUACCUGAGCUGCAGGGAGAGGAGAAGCAGACUGAAAAAGAACUGGAGGGCGACGUGGCUCGAACUGUGCCAGAACUGCAAGGGGAGGAUGAAAUGCUGCCUGCUGAGCUUUCCGCCGAACCCGCACGAAAAGACAACGAAGAGCAGCAGAAACAGUCCUCUGUCAUGCCACCCGCAGAAUUACCGAAUUCUACGGAGGAGCCACAGAAAAAGGAGACCGAAACGCCUUCCGCAGCUCAAACACAGACCGAUUCAUCAGCAUCUCCGUUGCCCAAAUCAUUUAGCGAAGCUGGAUCAACACCUGCUACCGAAACAAUUUCUCCCGUGUCACCACUGUCGGAUGAAGCAAGCCACGCGAUGCUCAUGGAGCAGUAUGCACAACUGGAAGCGCGCAGGCAAAGAAUCCUAGAGCUCAAGACGAUCGAGGAGGAACAAGCAGCAUUACGAGCACGACUGAGCAAGAUGCAAGGAGGUAAUGGAACAGAGUAA